GUCCAUCAUUACGUCACCCAUCCAUCACCCUUCUCGCCACACGGCGGCACUGUCCUCUCAUUCACGUCCAUUUUCCGGCCUCUGAAAGUCCACACCGUCUCUCGCUCCUCAUAUCCACACACACUCGUGUCGUUGCGCCCGCCAUUGCUCACGGGCGCCUUGCGAUUAAUUCGCACAAUGCGGCCCGCCAGAGUGGCGUCCUUGUGAGCUGAUGGCAGUGGCCGUCCCUUUCUGCUCUCCUCGCUGCAGCCAGACUUCCGGAUGCCGAAGCACGGUGAGCGCGGUGGCGACUCAAAGCCUUCUUUCUUGGGUGGUUUAUAGGCUAGGCGAGCUGCUGGCUGCGGGGAGACGUAUGGAUCCAGCUUGACGAAGGCAUAAUGAGGGAGGGGCGAGGGCCUGCUGGGCUGUUCUUGGUAUGCGAUGCUCGACUCAUCGGUCUGUGCUGCUGUGUCUGCAGUCGUGGACCGGGUGCUGCGUCGGUCCCCCUCUGACAUCGUCAGGGCCGGCCUGCACACAGGGCGGGUGCGUGUCUCAUCCUUCGUUUCUAUAUGUCUUCGUUUUGUGCAUGCUGACCUCUUGAUCCAUGAGGUGAAUGCCUCGUCCAGCACACCAAUGUCGCUCCUGAGCCGCUCCUCCGUCCUGGAGGGCCGUGUCUCCUCCUCUCUCUUCAUCUCUGCGUACUGGAUGCUCGUAAAGCCCUGAAGUCUCUGUCUCCGCAGCUCGUCGGCACCAUGAGAAGACAUUGUUACGUGCGUUCUCGUGGAGCCAUCCGCCCUGUCAUCUUUGUGCCGCUGUGGGGGGACACGCCAUUGAUCUCUCUGUUGAAUCACAGUUGGUUGAUUGUUGUGCUCCUGCACGGCGCGCUGCGGUCUUGUUGGUCCUUGACGCCUCCAUUGAUCCAGCUGUGCCUCCCUGCUCAAGCCGUAGCGUGGCGGACAUGGCCUGUCAUAAGCGGACCGACAGUGUGACACCUACAGAUUCAUACAAUACACAAAGCAAUUUCUAAUGAAUGCACAUGGCGGUCCGCCAUGAACGCAAUAAAAACCUCUCGCUGUGGCAUGAAGGGUGCUCUUGCGAUGGGAACACGCGAGUAGGGACGGCGAGGCCAUCCAGCUCCAUCCAUGCUCGAAUCACACCGGUAUGGCGCAGCGGAGUCAUUGUCUCUUCCUGGACCGCCCCGCCUGUUGUCCAGCUCAACAACACGGCUGUCUCUCCCUUCCUGUCUCUCUCCUGGCAGGCUACGCUCAUAAGGCAUCUGCGGACGAGGGAAGUCGCCAAGGGACUCUUCAUGCUGAUGCUCUCUGCGCUGAGCGGAUGGGCAAUACCCGCUUUCCUGAGCCGCGAGUCUCUUGUGCGGCUGUUUUGGCGACGAAAUGCCACGUGGUGGAUCUUUGGCCCUCUCGCAUGCCUCCCCAAGCCCUUGUUGCAUCUGCCGGUCCUGACUUCUUCGUGACUGUCUUUCGACGAGCCGAAGGCGAGAGGCUUCGGGGUACACUCGCGGCUUCAAAGAUUUCAUAUGUGGGCGCUCCGCAUAGUGUGGGUCUUGUUUGUGUCUGCGGAAGCUCUCGGAGCCGUCCAGAGGCACAAAGGCAGCCUCCAGGGCCGACAUGGGCUUGCUGUGGUGCUCGUCGGCUUGUACGUGGUGUCCCACAGGAAACCCGUUGCUGUAUCGGAAGGCCAUGUGUCUGUCCUCCUCCUCUCGAUACUGAAUGUCGCCAGUAGUAUGUUGGUGGUGGCUGCGGCCCGGUUCGAUCUUCGAUUGAACGGGUGAGCAGUAUGCGGCUUCCGUUGGUUUCUCUUCGAUCGAUCCGAACAUGCCUGAGACGACGCAGGGCACACAAACGGGUUUGGUAAGCAGGGGACAAAGGGAUGGCAAACGCAUACGCACCUUUGGUGUAAAGCGAUGUCCUCUCGAGCGCCAUGCACCUCUGACAGAGCACCUCCCCCACGUCCCUAGCCUGAGAUGGGGACUGCACCGCCACAUCCCGCUGUUCCCUCAUCUUCGGGAACUCUCGAACAGGUCCUCGCGAUGCCACAGAAGGGGCUGCCUUAGAUGCAUGCUGCGAAGAGGGACGAAGGGAGUGAGUCUUGGUCCCGCGGCCCUUGUCGCUUUGUUGUGGCUUGUGCGACGGCACGGGGGACACUUCGAUUGCCGGCCGAUGCCGCGAUUGCACACCCGUACACUCGACCAUCGGCUCGUCACUCUCGGGGCUAAGACCGCCCAGACUUGACGUGACGAAGCUCUCGUCUCUGUCUCCGGCGGGCAUCUUGGGCGCUGGCGCCACCUUCAUCUUGCAAAACGGCACCAGAGGCGGCCGGAUCGCUGGGGCUGGCUGGGAGGGGCAAACGUAGAGAGCUCGUCCAUGCUGGGGCGUCAGACUCUGUGUCGGGAUCAAUGUCACCCAAGGCUGCUGGGGCACCAGGCGUGAUUGACCAAGCGUCACAUACUGCGAUGAUUGCGGGGAUGGCUGCCAUGUCGUCUGAUGAGUGCAACAAGGCGGUGCAGACGCCAAGACGCUUGCCAAGACGCAUGAUCCGGUUCGAAAGCUACUCGCCUGGGCGUGGGUGGUCGUGUGCUGGGGUGGCCGUACCUGCACCACAGUAGCAAAAGGCCGCAUUUGCCUCGCGUCAAAC